AUGGAUGCUGUUCAUAGAGGUGAUUCAGAUUGUUCAAAAGUUGGAAAAGCAAUUAUUUUGCCUUCGUCACACUGUGGGGGACCCCGAUAUAGAGUGCAAAAUUAUCAAGAUGCUAUGGCCAUUUCUAAAUGGGCAGGAUACCCUGAUUUAUUUCUUACUUUCACUUGCAAUCCAAAGUGGCCAGAAAUAAAUGACAUGCUCAGUUUAAUUGGUCAAAAAGAUGAUGCUAAUAGAGUGGAUGUCAUAUGCAGAGUUUUUGAGAUAAAGUUAUUUCAACUAAUGGAAGAUUUGAAAAACCAACAACCAUUCGGAAAAAUAAUUGCAUGUAUAUACACAAUUGAGUUCCAAAAAAGAGGCUUGCCCCAUGCACACAUAUUGCUUUUCUUGCAUUCGACAAUGAAAAAUCCUUCAGCAAACCAUAUUGAUAAAAUAAUAAGUGCAGAAAUUCCAGACAGAAACAUUGAUCCAGAUGGUUAUAAUGCAGUCAACAAAUUUAUGAUUCAUGGACCGUGUGGAAAGCUCAAUCCUCACUCCCCAUGUAUGAUGCAAGGAAGAUGCACAAAACAUUUUCCCAAAAAAAUCAAUAAUCAUACGACAAUUGACACGGAUGGGUUUCCAGUCUAUAGAAGGCGAAAUACAGGUACUCAUGUCGAAAAGAAAGGUGUAUUCCUAGAUAAUCGAUAUGUAGUUCCUUACAAUAGGAAUUUGAUUGUAAAGUUUGAUGCACAUAUUAAUGUUGAAAUUUGCAAUUACUCAAGAUCAGUCAAAUACCUUUUCAAGUAUGUUCAUAAAGGAUCUGAUAGAACGACUGCAACAUUGGAAUCUAUUGACACUACCGAACAAAUUGAUGAAAUCAAAACAUAUUUGGAUUGUAGAUAUAUAUCAGCAACUGAAGCUUGCUGGAGAAUCUUCCAAUUUGACAUACAUUACAGAAAGCCAGCAGUUGAAAGAUUGCCGUUUCAUUUACCAGGAGAGCAUACAGUGAUAUUUGAUGAAACUAAAUGUGUAAACGAUGUAUUUCGCCAACCUGGAAUAGAAAAAACAAAGUUUACUGAAUGGUUAGAGACGAACAAAAAAAAUGAAGAUGCACGAGAGCUAACAUAUGUUGAUUUCCCUACAUGUUGGGUUUGGAAUUCAAAAGAGAAAAUAUGGACUAGAAGAAAAAGGGGCAUAACAAUCGGAAGAAUCUACUUUGCACAUCCUUCAUCGGGAGAACGGUUUUAUAUGAGAAUGAUGCUGAAUUUCGUCAAAGGAUGCACUUCCUAUGAAAGUAUUCGAACAAUAAAUGGAGUGACAUAUCCUACUUUUAAAGCUGCAUGCUAUGCUUUGGGGUUAUUAGAUGAUGAUAAAGAAUGGACGAAUUUUGACCGAAGGCCGCAAUAUGGGCAACCUGGAGCGAAUUAA